AUGUCCAACAGAGAUGCGUUUGUGAAAAAUGCAUCUCUGUACCAUGCCAUUCUGCAACGGCAGAGCUGUCUUGAUCAACUCACUGAUGGCUUGUCUUACUAUGGGGUAUUGUCCCUCUUGAGAGAGAACCCCUGCUUGCGUGUACUGCUUGACAAACCAGAGGAAGGCCAAGAGCUGGGAGCCAACUUCAUUGCUGGUGUCCUCAAGCCAAGCUACUCUGUUUUGGGGAGUAACAGGAGAGCUAAGGAGGAGAUGACGGUGGUAAAAUUUCGGGAAUUUCUACAGUGUGUGGAAAAUAAAGAACUGCAAGAUGCAUUUGGAGACAGAACUCUAACCAAGGACGAGGAGGCGUUCCUGAAGGCUUUGAGCCCCGGUCACAUCCUGGCAUUUGCUACAGGAAGCAGCAAGGUCCCUGCCAUCGGUUUUCAUCCAACCCCUAAAGUUACAUUUAUUCACGAUGAAAGCAAAAAUUUCCCUAUUGCACAUACAUGUGCUAAUGAGCUUCAGCUUUUUGUGAACACAAAAUUAAUGGCUGAUGAUGAUGAAUUUCACUACUGCUUCCUGGUAGCACUGAUGAAUGGGUCUUUAUUCAGCACCAUCUGAAGAAAUGAAAUGAAAACUAGUCCCUUAGAUUUGUCAUGCACAGAAAAGCAUUAACAAAUGUAGGUCAGGCCUGAUAUGUUUGAAGCACCAGCUACGUUUUUUUCUCUGAUGUUCAGAUGUUAAUUCAUUUUUUUGUGUUGUGUGUUUUCAUGUGUAAAGUUUAAUGAAUCACAUGUGCUUUAUGGGACUCCAUAGGUUCAAAAUGAAAGUUUAACAUGACUGCAUUUGUGUUCCUUAAGCAUUACUACUUAUUACUGUGGUUGUUAUAUUUCAAUAGCCCUUCUAUGUUA